AUGUAUUCUUUAUUUUGGUUGGCUCUGUUAGCCUCAUCCGUUUUGGGAAAUCAACCGGAUAAAACUCCUCUCAUCAAGCAGUACAUCCGAGAACAUCUAAAGAAAUUUGUGGUGGAUCGACCAGUUGACGAACAAAUUGAUCCAUGUGAUAAUUUCUUCACUCAUGUUUGCCCAACUACAAUCCGCAAAGAAGAAUCUCCUAGAGGAAGAGCUGCUUCCCAGGAGUUCAUUGACCAUCUCGACAAACUUGUCACACCAACACAACUUGAAAAAGAGACAAACAUUCGCUUUCUCGGCGCUCUUAGACACCAUAUAGCUAUUUUGAGAUACCUGAAUGAUGAUGAGUCGCUAAAAAUGCUACGAGAACAAUUUGAACGAAUGACCGAGACGAUCAUUUCGCAAGUAAACAAAAGUUGGCCUGAUUUACAAAACUCAACUGUUGAUGAUCUUCGGCAUACCGUUGCAAGGCAAAAUUUCUUCUCCGGUUUGAUCAAUGUUGAUGUUUCACGUCUUGAACAUUUGCUCGAGUCCUUAAACGGAAUAUACGAAGAGGUCAAAGGAAAAAGCGAACAAACUUUUGCCAAACGAGUGGUCGAUAGGACUAUCAGUUGCUUAUUGACAUCUCAUGGUAUUUGUCUGAGCAAUCACAUGGAAACGAUUUUCGAUGAAUUUGUGAAAGAUGAGUCUCGUGAAUUCAUUGGCCACCAAAACGGAAAUUUUACUUAUUCGGAAGAUUCACCGGAUUUUGAAGGGCUACACUCUGCUUAUUUCAGUCUUGUUAAUACUUCCGGAAUCGAUAUGGAGGAGAUCCCGUAUAAAGAAUUGGGAUUCACGAGACGCAAAUUGUUUUAUUACGCAUAUGCCUCUCUGCAAUGCAUUGAUUCACAAGAUCCCAGUAGGAUUGGCGGUGGAGGGCAUUCACCUUCAUUUGUUCGUGUCUUCGCAUUCAUUCUUGUUCUUGCCAGUCUUCUUGUCGUCUCUGAUGCCUGCGGAGCUCUAUGGAGUUGCGGUCGAAAGAAGAGAGAGCUCUACCCUCAAAUUGAAUGCAUAUACCCACCGUGUCCGAUUAAUCUGUUCAAGAGAGACGUUGCCCCAGUUGUAUUCAGCUCAAAAUUCAUGAAGAGUGCCGUU